CUUGUGAUUCUCUCUGUUUCACUCAUUCAUGUCCGCCAACAAAACCCACAGAAGCAAACUCGUCAUCAUGAAACUCCCUCAGCAACCAGCAGCACACUCAAAAAGCACUUCUCUUCGUCUUCCUCAUCAUCAAUUCAAAUCCUCCUCUUUCCGUUUAAAUCCACCUCUCGAGACACCACCUUCUUCGUCAUCCUCAUCCUCACAACCUCUUCUUCAAAACCAGCCAUGAAACCUCCUCCUUUUUCUUCUUCUUCUCUUUUCCCUCUCACAUUCUUCUUCUUCUUCUGUCAUAUACAGCUUCUGGUUUUCUCUGCCACACCUUCUGCCAUUGUCUCUUUGCUUUCUCUCAAGUCUUCCCUCAUUGACCCUCACAAUACCCUCCAUGACUGGAACUACUCAUCAUCCUCCCAAGACCCAUCUGUUUGGUGUUCAUGGUCAGGCAUCAUGUGCCACCCACGGACUUCCCAGAUCAUCACCAUUGACCUCUCUCAGCGUAAUCUCUCUGGUUUAAUCUCUCCCCAAAUCCGAUUCUUGACCACCUUGAACCACUUGAAUCUUAGCUGGAAUGACUUCACUGGGAUUUUCCCACCUGCAAUUUUUGAACUCAGUGAACUUAGAACCCUGGAUAUCAAUCACAACUACUUCAAUUCAAGUUUUCCACCUGGGAUUUCGAGGCUCAAGUUCUUGAGAGUGUUCAAUGCUUAUAGCAACAACUUCGUUGGUCCUCUGCCUCAGGAAUUCAUGAGGCUUCGGUUUCUUGAGAGGUUGAAUCUUGGUGGGAGCUACUUCAACGGUACGAUUCCUUCAGGUUAUGGGAAUUUACCCAGAUUGAAGUCCCUUUAUCUGGCUGGGAAUCUCUUGGAAGGUCCAAUACCAUUUCAGUUGGGGUUUUUAUCAGAAUUGGAACGUCUUGAAAUUGGGUAUAACCAGUUUUCUGGAGGAUUACCUGAAGAAUUCGCAUUAUUAUCAAGUCUGAAAUACUUGGAUAUCGCCUCAUCUAAUAUUUCUGGCUCUCUGAUUCAUGAUUUGGGAAACAUGACUAUGCUUGAGACAUUGUUGCUGUACAAGAAUCAGUUAGUGGGCGAGAUCCCAUCAAGCUUGGGGAAUUUGGAAAGUCUCAAUGCUCUUGAUUUGUCAGACAACAAACUCAGUGGGUCAAUUCCGGAGGAAAUUUCGAUGUUGAAGGAACUGACCAUUUUGAGCUUGAUGAGCAACAAGCUAACGGGAGAGAUACCACAAGGGAUAGGAGAUCUUCCAAAACUCGAAACUCUGCUUCUUUGGAACAAUUCGCUUUCUGGUAUUCUCCCACAAACCCUUGGCUCCAAUGGAUUGCUCCAGAAACUCGACGUGUCUACGAAUUCACUCACAGGUCCAAUCCCACCAAAUGUUUGCAAUGGAAGUAAGCUAAUCAAGCUCAUUCUCUUUAAUAAUGAAUUUGAAGGAGCUUUUCCAGAAUCAUUCACGAAAUGCACUUCACUACUAAGGCUUCGAAUCCAAAAUAAUCGGCUCAAUGGAUCCAUACCUGAGGGUUUUAGCCUUCUUCCUAAUCUCGCCUUCGUCGAUAUGAGCAACAACAACUUCACGGGUCGAAUCCCGGAAGAUUUCGGUGAUGCUCCGUCAUUGCAAAACUUGAAUAUCUCUGGGAAUUCAUUCGAAAAUCCACUACCAAGCAAUAUUUGGAACGCUAAAAAUUUACUGGUUUUCUCGGCGAUCUCAUCUAAAAUUAACGGUCAGAUUCCAGAUUUCAUAGGGUGCAAGAGCAUUUACAGAAUCGAAUUGCAGGGGAAUUUCAUCAAUGGUAGCAUUCCUUGGAGCAUUGAGAAUUGCGAGAGGCUUAUUGUGCUGAAUCUGAGUCGUAAUUCGCUAUCUGGUAUCAUUCCCUGGGAAAUCUCUGCUUUACCCUCAAUCACUGAUGUUGACCUAUCGCACAAUUUUCUCUCCGGUACCAUCCCCUCCGGUUUCAACAACUGCACCACACUCGAGAACUUCAACGUCUCCUUCAAUUCCCUCACCGGACCUAUUCCUUCUGCCGGUUCAAUCUUCUCGAAUCUCAAUCCCUCUUCCUUCUCCGGCAACGACGGCCUCUGUGGCGGCGUCCUCGCAAAGCCCUGCGCCAUGGACACUCCCUCCCCCUCAACGGAGCAACAACAUGAUCAUCCCAGGAAAACUACUGGUGCAGUGGUGUGGAUAGUUGCAGCGGCGGUGGCUGUCGGAUUAUUCGCGCUAGUCGCCGGAACACGGUGCUUCCGAUCUCAUCACAGCGGUCCGUUUAUGAACAACCGCGAGAUCGGACCUUGGAAAUUGACCGCGUUCCAACGGUUGAAUUUUACAGCAGAGGACGUGGUAGAGUGCAUGACAGUCUCAAACAAAAUCAUCGGAAUGGGGUCCACAGGAACAGUGUUCAAAGUGGAGAUGCCAAGUGGCGACAUCAUAGCCGUUAAAAAACUUUGGGGCAAGCAAAAGGAGAGCUCUAACUGCAUCCGACGGCGGAGAGGGGUUCUUGCUGAAGUGGACGUAUUAGGGAACGUGAGACACAGGAACAUAGUGAGAUUGUUAGCGUGUUGCAGCAACAGGGAGAGCACCAUGUUGCUCUAUGAGUAUAUGCCCAAUGGGAAUUUAGAAGACUUGUUGCAUGGCAAGAAUGUGGUUGGUGAUUGGUUGACAAGAUAUAAGAUUGCAUUGGGGGUGGCACAGGGGAUUUGUUAUCUCCAUCAUGAUUGCAAUCCAGUGAUCGUGCACCGAGAUCUUAAACCGAGUAAUAUUUUGUUGGAUGCUGAGAUGGAGGCUAGAGUGGCAGAUUUUGGAGUGGCCAAGUUGAUUCAGAGUGAUGAAUCCAUGUCUGUUAUUGCUGGAUCCUAUGGCUACAUUGCACCUGAAUAUGCAUACACUCUACAAGUUGAUGAGAAGAGUGAUAUUUACAGCUAUGGUGUGGUGUUGUUGGAGAUUCUAUGUGGAAGAAGAUCUGUCAAUGCUGAGUUUGGUGAAGGAAAUAGUAUUGUCGAUUGGGUUAAGUCCAAGAUCAAAACUAAAAAUGGGAUUAAUGACAUAUUAGAUAAGAAUAUCGGGGCCGGGUGUGCACCAGUAAGGGACGAGAUGAUGCAGAUGCUCAGGAUCGCGCUGCUUUGUACCAGCCGGAAUCCGGCGGAUCGGCCUUCCAUGAGAGAUGUUGUGCUGAUGCUUCAAGAGGCCAAGCCAAAGAGGAAGAUGUUUGAUAAUAUUGUGUUGGGUCAAUGCGGUGAUAAAGAUAUUGGCAGUGGGGAAGAUGAUGAUAUUGUUUUGCCACAGAAGGCAAAAGUGGAAAUUUAGGAUGAUAUCGAAAAUGAAUUUUUUUUUUUAACAUUUUUAAUAUUGUGAGAGAUUAGCAUAUAUAGGAGGAAGAGAUUUUUUUUUUAUUUACUUUUGACGGAAUUUUCAAGUGUUAAUGUCUUAGAUUAGUUUAGAGUGAGUAUAUAUAUAAUAUUGUUUUAUAUGACUAUAAGUUGAUGUUUAAAUAUUGAAGGACGUGUUAGUGAGAAUUGA